UGUCAAUGUUAUUGUGUCGGAUGAGGAGGCCUGCGGCAGAGAGACAGGAGACGGACCGGGGGUGUACAAACAGGGCAGCCGCUAACACAGGGGCCUAGUCUGCUUAUAUCACACCCCGUUCAUCCAUUCCGCCGAAGCCGUGGGCUGUAAAGAUGUUUAACCAGCAGCAGCAGCAGUUUCAUCAGCUAAUGCAGCUUCAGCAUCUUCUGCAGCAUCAGCACCCAGGCCAAAGACCAAUGCAGCCCCCUGUGCAGCAGCAACCCCAGCAGAUGCUGAACCUGGCGGCCGCUACCCCGGCGCGGCUUCUCAACACUCACCCAAUGAUCCAACGUGCUCUACUCAUGCAGCAAAUGCAGGGUAACCUUCGUGGGAUUAGUAUGGCUGGCCCUCCGCUGCCCCACUUUUUUCCGACGGCUGCGAGACAGUCCAUCCUGGGAAGUCCACCCUUGGGGGUGACGGUGAAGGCUCCAAACAUGGCUUUUCCAGGUCUUACAUUUCAGCAGCAUCCACGAAUGUAUCAAAAGGACCUUUACAGGACUUACGAUCGUAAGCGAGAGGGAGAGCAGGCCUCCUCCCUACCGGCCAAGAACGCUGACUGCAAGACUCCGAGCCGGGGAGAAGGGGAGCUUCCGCCAGCAGCAUCUGAAGCAAAUGAGAAAAUUAGCUCCUUAGAGGACUCAGAGAAUCUAAGAGAAUGCAGCACUAUCGACCCCCUUGAGCCCCCAGCCAAGAAAGCAAGAAGCUCAUUGGCUAGUGUGGCAGAGUCCGGUUUCCCUGGAAGAGGAAAAACUGAUGAAGGAGGUGUAAAAGCGGAACGUAGUGUGGAAUCGCAGUCCACCAAGGGAUCUAGCACGGGUCAGGCCCUGAAGGUCACCAUCCAACAGAGCAACGAGAGCCGUACCAUAAGCACUACAGUGUUACAUCCUCAAUGCAACGAGAAGACAGAUGCUGACAAUGUAUCCUCACCAGAUAGACCAAGGUUCUGCUGUUACGUCUGCAAGAGCAACUUUCAAACUUUGCAGGCUUUCCAGUCUCAUCUGGUAACUGCUUGUCACCAGCAGAAGUUACAAGAGAUACAGCAUCUCAGUAACGCUUGUCUUGUUACUCUCCUACCAACCGCUAAAGGUGUUCAAGGAAGCACUGCAGGGAAUGAUGGGAAGCAACAGUUGAGAUGGUGUAAUGUCUGUCAGAUACACUUCAGCUCUGACCUCAUCAAACAUCGCAGGACUCAGGAACACAAGCUUGCCAAGCGUUCUCUGCGGCCGUUCUGCACGGUGUGCAGCCGUCACUUCAAGACCCCGCGAAAGUUCGUAGAGCACAUGAAAUCUCCAGAGCACAAGCAGAAAUGCCAGGAGGUCAGGUUAGGUGAGAAGGAGCCUUGGAGUUUAGAGGAGUCGGAAGAGCUGAUUACAGUUGAUGCUGUGGGCUGUUUCGAGGAAGAGGAGGAUGAGGAAGAAGAAGAGGGAAUAAGCGAAGAUGAUGCUUCUGGGGAUACAGAGUGCCUGCCGGCUCAAGAUGAGGUUAUGGGAGUUCCAGAUUGUGAGGCAUGGAAGGAGUACGAUCCGGACAUGGCAUAUGGCCUGGAUUUUAUGGUCCCCGUCGCGGGCUACCUCUGCAGGCUGUGUCACAAAUUCUACCCUAGUGACUCUGCGGCACGCCUUUCACACUGCAAGUCCCUGACGCAUUUUCAGAACCUCCAGCGGUACAAAUUAUUAAACCACCAUAUAGACCCACAGGCAGAACCUGGCUCCCUCACCAAGCCGGUGGGUCCGGAGGAUGAGUCUGCUGUGUCAUCUGGCAAAGUGGCUGUAAAAACAGAUAAUCCAGAAACUGUAGCUGCGGAAGGUAAGCAGAGCCAGAGGCAUGGGUGGGCAACCGUGGAGAGCCUGGAAGAGAAAGCGGGCAGAGACUCUUCUACCACCCAAGGAAGUGACGCAGGUCGACGAGAUCCCAAGGAGCCUAAUGACCUUCUGGUGGAUACAAGUGAAGAAGAUACAGGAUAUCUGCUGGAAACAGAGCCUGUAUUCAUUGGAGAGCAACCAGGCCGCAACAAUUCAUCAGGAAUGUCCACAUCCCAGUUGGAAAACUCUGUGUCUUAGAGCAGGUCCUCAUCCUUCACUAAUUGGUGCCCUUCUCUCUCUCCAGAUAUAGACCCAGAUGCCAUGAGUGCGUAAUGACUACUGAAAAUAGGAUAUUUUUUCCCCUUUUUAUUUCUUUUAUGGCUUAGUGUAAAUGGGAUCGGAUACCUUGUGUUGGGUGAAGGGAAUUGUAAAAAGGAAAAAGAAGUAGCUAGGGAAAAUCAGUAGUGCAAUUGUGAUAAAACUAGAGACAGCGGAGGUGGGCAUGUACACUAACCCCUGUGUUACGGCUCCAGAACGAUGGUCAUCUUAGAGUGUGAAGCCAUUUUUGUUUUGAUGUAAUGUGUGACUAUAUUUCACGUUUUACACCUCCUGAAAACUGGAAAGUAUAAUUUGUCUACUUGGGAAAAAGCAAAGCCGUUAGCAAUAGUAUGUUUACCCCCCGCCCCCACCCGUUGUAGCUAUAGUACGCUCUAUACUAAACUAGACAGAGGGGGGGCUCAUUCUUUACAAUAAUACCAUAGAGAUAAAUGGUCAUCCUUACCAGGGCAGAAGGUAUCUCUAUGGUACCUCUGAUUGUUUACUGUUGGGAAGGUAAAUCCAUGCAGUUUUUAUGCAAAGACAGUUUGCUGACCAAGUUCCAGGAAAGAAGAAGCUGUAGCUGCUCAAACACCAGAAGAGAAAUACCCAUAAAAGGGUCUAUUUAAAAAAAAAAUCAAUUGAAUGUUUGUAUAUUCACAUAAAAAUCUGUGUUACUUUGCUGUAGUAAAAGUGGAUUUGAUUUGGCACCGCAAUAAAUAAAUUCUAACCGGUUUGUUUUAA